AUGGCAUCUGCUUGUGCUACACAGCGACCUAGGACUGUACGAACCGUGUACACACCUACACAGCACGUACCACCACCUUCACACUAUUUGCUAUAUUUUAAUGAAACGGAAUCGUACAUGAUUUCAGCAAAGACAAGUAUUAAGCGUAUUGUGGAAGAUACAGCUACAGUCAUAAUUAAAAAAAAACAAAUUGAAGCGAAGAUUGUUACAAAGGGUAUAUUUGGAAUUUUUACAUCUGAUUCGAAUCCUUUUGCGUCUUUUAUUUUCUUCGUUGAAGGCACAUUUGGACUUUGUAUGGCCGAACAGACACGUUUGACGAGAGCAUCACAGUCGCAGUCGUCUCCGGAAGAAGAAGACGAAGAAGAUCCAGUCGAGGAAACUGAAGUAGAAGAGACGGAGAAUGAACAGCUAGAUGAAUUUAAUAUGUCAACGCGUCGUCAAAAUGAAACUUCUUCGUUACGUGGACCCGUUCGUCCAGUAAGUCAAGCAAUGAGAGAUAAUGGUUAUCGUCGUCCAUUAGAAGAUCUUUCAAAUCAUACACGUACACAGCGUUCACGAUCUCCAGUCGAUCGAGGUACGUUAAUUAAUGAAGAUGAAGAAGAAUUUAGUGAAAGACGAAAUGAAUUUGAAAUUCAAGAGACAUCAGGUGCUGCUUUUGCACGUUUUUACUCAGCUCUGGAUAUGCACACUGGAAUAAUGGCCCGAAAAAUCGAUCAACGAUUCAUAGAUUUAUCAAAAAAGAUAGAUAAAUGGGCUAAAAUGAAUGGAACAACGAACAGAGAACUAGACGCAUAUCAAGAUGGAAGUCAAACUCAACGUCCAUCUGAAAUGAAUUAUGAGAAUGAAAAUCUGUUGGAUAUUGCUGGCACAAGUUACGGUGAUUAUGCCAGAAAGUUAAUGAAAAAACUAUUUACAGAAGAGGAAUUAAAAAGUCGUAUUUUACCGCCGGCCCGACAGCAUUUAAAACGUCCUGUUUUGGAUGAACACAAAUUUAAAUUUUUGAACAGUAAGUUGCCAAAUGAGGUCAUCCGCGAUGACCGGCGUGAACCUGUCGUCUCAUUUUGGCUGCAUAAUAUAGGAAGUGAGCCUUUCCGGCUGUCUUUCUAUUCCCUUCACAGUCGAUGUCAGUUUUUUUUGGGAAGGAUUACUCCGCUUUUUGGGUUGUUGCAGUGUAUUUAGCAGCGAAUUCUUGAACACAUUUACGCAGAUAUAUGAG